CUCCCACUGUGCUUUUUUAGAUUCAUCUCCAGCCCAGGACAAUGUCCUACUGGUACCAAUACAAGCAGCAGUGCUUCAUCCCAGGUGGAGUGAAGCACAACAUGCCAACAUUCACACAGUGCCGCAGCCCAGGCGUGGUGAAGUCAGUGCCAUGUGCAUCGUGUGCCUCCAGGGAUGCCAAGCAAUGCACUACCAGGAGGAUGGUGCAGAGCAGCCCCAAAUGCCCCACGAAAUGCACAUCCAGCUGCAUGGAGAAGCACGUGGUGGAGGGUCACUCCUCCUCCUGCAGCCACCAGUCCACUGAUGGGUGCACCAUGAUGUUCUCCCAGCCCCAUGGGCAGCACCUAUACAUGCCACAUUUCAGGCAGGUGGGUGUUAUGGAACGUCCUCAGGUGUCUGCUCCGGUCCAUGUGGGUCAGCACAGCUCGUAUCCUUGUUCAUACCAGUGGUCUGACAGCUAUCACUACCGCUGCGGGCAGAGCUAAGAUCCACAGGUGCCCAGCCCACCACUGGGUGCUGAAGAGCAAGAUGGAUGAAGAGCAAGAUGCAGAUCCAAAUCCAAGCUCAGCACAGCUUCCAGAGGUGCAGCUCAUCCCUUGCUGCAGCCACUGGCUUGUGGAUAGACCCAGACCCUCACAACCACCCUCCUCUACGUUAUACUCUCACAGCUUCGUAUCUACAGCCUCCUACCAUCUCCAAUGCAUCCACGGCUCGACCUUCCUGCAAUUGCUGGUGUAAAGGAUGUGUGAGCUUCACUCCAGGCAUUAUCACUCACACUAAUGGCAGUGCAUCCUCAGAGCAGCAUCAGCCAUAGCCCAGUCGGUACCAACCAGCUCCUUCUGUGCUUUGUUCUAUAUGCAACAAGCACAAAUACAGCUCAUAGACUGAGGAAAAACAGGAUUCUGCUUUCAAGCCAAGGGGAUCCACUGCGUGAAGCAACUCACUCUUGAAGCACUGCCUGCUUCAGUAUCCAUCUCCAAUGUAACACCUCAAUGGAUGGAAGUUCUUGCCUUAUUCUCUAUUGUAUAUAUAUGCAAUGCAUAAUAAAGUCUCUGCUGCAUCAAAUUGCCCACUCUGUUCCCCCCCCCCACCCCAGCUGCAUUGCAAUGUUAAGGGUGGGAUGAGCACUGCUUCCACCUGUACUGGUAACACUGGGAUCCCACAUUACAUCUCAGCUCACAAUAAAAGCCAACUCAGCUGUAUGAUGACUAACACUGAAUCAAUUAAACCAGCAGCAAAGGCUGAAAUUAAGUCCAAGAGCCACGUGUCAGGGCUCUGCUCUGAACCCUGGGCCACGCUGUUUGAUGCAGCCUGAAAUUAAGUUAUUUGGAAAUUGAGAUGAUGUGACCCCAAAUGUUACUUCUGCAUUUUGGAAAUGAACUCCAGAAGUUCACAUUCACAUCACAAUGUUUGGGGAAGGCAGACUCACACUCCACCACAGCACAACAGCCAAAAGCUCAACACAGCAAGGACGCAUCUUUAAAGAAGAAAAGGGUUGAAGAAAUAAAAGCAGGUUGACUGUCUUGGAGCUGAAAACUCAGAGAGAGCAGCUCUGAAGCAGCACAACCUUCCCUGGAGUCAGCAGAGCUGAGGAUGAUUUUUACCUCCUCCAAAUCUGCCGACCAUAAUAACCAAACUCCAGUCCCCACCAA